UCAGGGAGUUUAUAAAGGCAGUUUGUUGCUGCCUCCUGCUUAGUAAGUGGACGUUUCACAGGGACAAGAUGAUGUGGACGUCCACGCUGUUCUUGGUGCUUCUGACAGUAACUUCACAAACUUCAGCGAAGGCUAAAAACCGCUUCACUCGCUACCCAUCAUGGAACACUAAAGUGUUCCCGAUCUGGAAAGAUGGCGACCCGAGAUUUCAAAACUCCUGGCAAGGUGGAAGAGUGAUCUUCAAUGUUGGGAAUGAUUCACCAACUCUGACUGGAGCCAAAGUCACCUUUACCAUUGACCUACAGUUUCCCCACAACCAAAAGGUGCUGCCUGACGGAAAUGUGGUCUGGGCUGAAGACUGUGUAGUCAAUGGAACAAAGUACUUUAAGUCAGAGCCAGUUUACUCAACAAAGGACAUAGCUGUUUUUCCCGAUGGGACACCAGUAAAGGAUGACAAAAAGCCAGCCUACGUGUUUGUGUGGAAGACAUGGGGUCAGUACUGGCAGGUAGCAGAUGGGCCCUCCUCUUCUCUGACUAUUAGUACAGAUGACAUCCCACUGGGCUCCUACACCAUGGACAUUGUCAUCUAUCACUCCCGGAGCAAGGAAAAAUUUAUUCCUUUAGGAUAUGCCUCUACACAGUUUUCCAUCACUGAUCAAAUCCCCUUUGCCAUUGCCCUGGACCAAGUCAACGACUUCGUGGCUGGGGACAUGCGCUUCGUGCAGAACAGAGCGAUCGCCUUCACCGUGACCCUCCACGACCCCAGCGAGUACCUCAGCAACGCGGACGUCACCUUCAACUGGGACUUUGGGGAUGAAAGUGGAGCCCUCAUAUCCAGAGAGCUGACUGUCACUCACACAUAUGUUAGCUCUGGCUCAUUCAAACCCCAGGUGGUCAUCCAGGCGGUCAUACCUGAUAAGGCCUGCGACCCACCGUCCAACACCCCAAACUCUACCCCUGGGUCACCUGCAGAUCAGGCCACCACAGUGAAAGGUCCUGCUCUGGUGUCUGCUGUUCCCAUAGUGAUCUCCACCAAGCCAGCUCAUUUGAAUAUCAACAUGGUUCCCUCAGACACUGAGGAGGACAACGCUGAGAGCGAAGCCUCCACUGCCUCCAUCAUUCAGCCCCUCCAGGAAGCGGCCACAAUGGCAAAGACUCCAUCCCUUAUGAACAAGCUGCCGGCUGCCAAUGAGAUGACAGGAAAUGCAAAGAGAACAGUGAGGCUAUCAGGGCGAGCUGCAGCCUUUCUUGUUGCUAAGAGAGACGCAGAAGAUAAACCAUCUGAUGAUGACUGCGUGAUAUAUAGAUAUGGUUCCUUCUGCACUGGCAUUGAAGUCUUUGAGGGCAUUGAAAAAGUAGAGAUUGUGCAAAUGGAAAACGUUCUGAUGACAACACCUCAAAAAGACAGAAAUGUUUUAGACAUAACUGUGACCUGCCAAGGAAGCCUUCCCAAAGAGGUUUGCAGUGUGAUUCUGGAUUCAAAAUGUCUGAAGCCUAUUCACAUGGCGUGCAACAUGGUAGAGCCCUCCAAAGAGUGCCAGUUGGUGUUGCGUCAUUUCUUUAAUUCCUCUGGGGUCUACUGCAUCAACAUUUCCAUGGCAAAUGAUGUCAGUUUAGCUGCCACCACUGCCAAAUUCACUGUAGACAUGGGCUCAGGUCUGUCUUCCUCCGGCACCAUCGUCAUGUUGUUGGGUGUCCUGGUACUCAUUCUUGCAGUGGGAAUCGUCGGAUACUCCUACAAGCGUCUUAAACCCUACCGUCCUUUGACGGAAGACAAAGUUGCAUCUGAAGGCCCACAGCUUAGUGGGGUCUGCGGCUCCUCUGCAGCUUCGAUACUCUGGAAGUCCCUGAACAGACGAGGAGCCAUCGACAACAGCCCUCUGCUGCAGGACAGGCCGCUGUAAAUCCCCAGCAUCACACAAUCAAAUACAGAGCGUGGCCCCUGGGAUGCUUUUUAUACUUGUUUUCUAAAUAAAGGCCUCACAAAUACGUAUUACAUAGUGUUAAAAUUAAAUAGUGUCUUUAGAUUGUGCUUUAGGUGUGCUGAUUCUUUUUUUUUUUUUUUACUUUCUUGAAGCAAGUUUGAACACAAACUCUAGGAUUUGUACAAAUCUGGAUUUGGAUGUUUUUCAAAUAAAUGUUUUAAAUAUUUCA